AUGAUAGAUGCUGGAGAAGGUGACGACGAAUUCCAGUUUUUACGAACGGGGGAUGAGGUGGUUUUACAGAGUACCUUUACCUCCCAAGGGGAACAUUUUAAGCUCUGUCUUGCUGCUGAGGGAUUUGGCAGCAGGCUUUGCAGGCUUGAGCAAACCUCCAACUGCAAGAAUGUUCCCCCGGACCUGUCUGUUUGUGGCUUUGUCCUGGCCCAGUGUCUCUCUGUCCGAGCCCUGCAGGAGAUGCUGGCCCACCGCGAACAGCUGGCUGCAGCAGUGGGAGCCGGUGGGAGCCAUCGCACCCUGCUUUAUGGACAAGCCGUGUUGUUCCUACACUCAUACAGCGGCAUGUAUCUCAGCUGCUUGUCUUCAUCCAAGUCUUCAAAUGAUAAACUGGCUUUUGAUGUUGGUCUGCAACAGGAAAAAGCAGAGAGAUAUCUGGUAAGUCAGUGCCUCAAAGAGCACCUGUCCUUUGGCACCGUGUCUGACAACAGAAACUGCAGCGACAGCCUGAUUGUCAAUGCAGCCUUCCAGCAGACUCUGUGGAGAUACCUGAGAGGGGGUGAAACAUUGCGACUGCUCCACAGCCAUAGUGAUGCAUGUCUGACUGUUCCUUCUGCUGAACAGGGAGAGGAGCUUCAAAGGAUAAUGCAGUAUGAAACAGGAUCAGUGUCCAGCCAUGCCCGUUCCCUCUGGAGGCUGGAAAUCCUCUGUGUUGCCUGGAGUGGUAGACACACGUGCUGGGGCCAGCCCUUCAGACUGUGCCAUGUGACUACAGGGAGGUACCUGGGCCUUACAGAGGAGAAAGGCCUGCAUCUGGUUGACCGGGAAAAGGCUGACAUCAGCACAACAUCCUUUUGCUUCAGAUUAUCAAAGGAGCAAAAGUCUGGCACAAAGACCAUUACUGAUGGGAUGGGAGUCCCAGAAAUCAAAUACGGCGAUUCUGUCUGUUACAUUCAACACGUAGAGACUGGGCUCUGGCUAACCUAUCAAGCUGCUGAUACCAAGUGUCGCAUGGGAGGAGCUCAGCGAAAGGCCAUUCUGCACAGCGAGGGUCAUAUGGAUGAUGGACUGACUCUGUCUCGUUCCCAGAGGGAAGAAUCUCACACUGCCAGCCUCAUCCGCAGUGCUUCUCUCCUGUUUUCUAAGUUUAUAAGGAAGCUGGACAGUUUCAGUCAAGAGGGAAAUAUUCCUGCAAUCCACCUGCCAAUGGAGUUGGUAACAUGCAGUCUCGAGGAUUUAAUCAACUAUUUCCAGCCGUCACUGGGGGGGCUGAGCAGUGAAGCUAAACAGAAAAACACAGCUGCACUAAGGAAACGGCAGAAUAUGUUUCAAGAAGAGGGUGUGAUAGAUUUCGUCCUUGACUGUAUUGACCAUCUGCAACAGUACAGCAGCGCCUCUCAUUUUGCUGAGGCUGCGCAAAGUGAUGCUGGAGAAGGGUGGGACGCCAUCCUCAACCGUUUCUAUGAGCUACUGGCGGCUCUUAUCCGAGGGAACCGUGUAAACUGUGCACAUUUCGCAAGUUCUGUGGACUGGUUGAUAAGCCGGCUUGACAACCUUGAGGCCUCUUCUGGAGUCUUGGAGGUUCUGCACUGUGUCCUUGUGGAGAGUCCUGAGGCACUAAAUGUCAUCAAAGAUGGACACAUUCAAUCUAUCAUCUCGUUUCUCGACAAGCAUGGACGCAACCACAAGGUGCUGGAGGUGCUGUGCUCUCUGUCUGUGUGUGAUAGUGUGGCAGUGCGCUCCAAUCAGAACCUCAUUUGUGACAGCCUGCUGCCAGACAGAGAUUUGCUACUUCAAACACGUCUGGCUAAUCAGGUCACCAGUAUGAGACCAAACAUCUUCCUGGCUAUGGGAGAGGCUUCAGCUCAGCAUCGGAGGUGGUAUUAUGAGCUGGUUGUGGAUCACGUUGAGCCUUUCCUGACGUCUGAACCGACGCACCUGCGUGUUGGCUGGGCAUUUACUAAAGGUUUCCUACCCCGGCCCACGGGAGGAGAGGGCUGGGGAGGGAAUGGGGUGGGAGAUGACCUCUGCUCUUAUGGCUUUGAUGGACUGCAUCUUUGGUCAGGCGCUGUGGGCCGUAAAGUCAGCUCUCCCUUCCCACACCUGCUGAAAGAUAAUGAUGUGGUUAGCUGCUGUCUUGACCUCACUGUUCCAUGCAUCUCAUUCCGGGUCAAUGGUCUGCCAGUGCAGGGCAUGUUGGAGAACUUCAUUGCUAAUGGACUUCUUUAUCCAGUGGUCAGCUUUUCAGCUGGAGUAAGAGUCCGUUUUCUUUUUGGUGGGCGGCAUGGAGAGUUCCGCUUUCUGCCUCCUCCAGGCUAUGCCCCUUGCUCUGAAGCUCUGCUCCCAAAAUUCAAACUGAAGGUAGAGCCAUGUCAGAAAUACGUUUUGGACUGUGGAGAAGGGAAAAAGGAGUUAAUUGGCCCUUUCGUGCCAGUCACUCCAGUUACAUUCACUCCUACGCCAACUGACAUCAGUAAGGUUGUAUUACCAACACAACUUGAGGACAUUCGUGAGAAAAUGGCAGAGAAUAUUCAUGAGCUCUGGGUAAAGGAUAAGAUUGAUCUUGGAUGGACAUAUGGGUCGGUGAGAGAUGAAAGCAAAAGACAUGAUCCCUGUUUGGUUGAUUUCUCUAAUCUGCCUGAGCAGGAGAGAAAUCAGAACCUUCAGAUGGCCCAGGACACCCUCAGGACUUUAUUGGCUCUUGGUUUCCAUAUUAGUUUGACAGAUGACCACGCUGAAGAACGUGUCAAAUACAUGAGACUUCACACAAGGUAUGAACUGCUCAGUGGCUACAGGCCAGCUCCAAUAGACUUAAGCCAAGUUAUUCUCAGCUCAGCUGACGAGGAAGUGGUUAAUGUGCUGGCAGAGAAUGAUCAUAAUGUCUGGGUCAGAGAGCGUAUCAAGCAGGGAUGGACGUAUGGACCCCAACAGGAUGUAAAGGCAAAACGGAGUUCACACCUUAUACCUUACAAGCUUCUUGACGAAAGGACGAGGAGAACAGGGAGAGAGAGUGUCAGAGUGGCUGUCUGUAUCCUGCUGGCAUUCGGCUACAGCCUGGAGCCACUCAACCAGGAACGGACGACAUUAUCGAAGCCAUACCUCUUCUCUGUGGAGAAGUGCAGAGUGUUCCGACCAGAUAAAUCAUACGCCGUGACCUCAGGGAAAUGGUAUUUUGAAUAUGAAAUACUGACAACAGGGAAUAUGAGAGUGGGUUGGGCACGACCAAGCUGCACUUCUGAUAAAGAGCUUGGCUCAGACGACCAGGCAUUUGUCUUUGAUGGAUCUGAGGCUCAGUGGUACCAUCAGGGCGGAGAACCCCUGGGACGUCCCUGGUUCAGAGGUGAUGUGGUGGGAUGCUUGGUUGACAUGGUUGAGGGCACCAUGAUGGUUACGCUCAAUGGAGAGCUGUUGUUUAAUGACAGAGGAUCUGAGCUGGCUGCCAAAGACUUUGAUAUCAGAGACGGCCUGCUGCCUGUGGUCAGUGUUGGGGUGAACCAAGUUGGGAGGCUGAACUUGGGCCGUGAAGUUGGCUCUUUGCAAUACUUUACAGUGUGCGGCCUACAAGAGGGUUAUAAACCUUUUGCUAUCAAUAUGGCCCGAGAUCUACCUCUGUGGAUGAGCUGGAGACAGCCUCAGUUUACAUCCAUAUCAAUUGAUAAUCACAAUUUACAGGUCACUAAAGUCAGAGGCUCAAUGGAUUCCUUACCCAGCCUGAGGGUGUCUCAGCGUUUGAUGCCAAACCACAGUGGAGGGGUUGAAAUGGGCUUUUAUCGGCUCAGCAUGCCAAUUCAAUGUGCUGCUAUUCUCAGAAGCCCUUCAGAGGGCGUGCUUCCAGGGCCCUCCAACUCUCUCACUCCAGCAAAGAAAGAGCAAGAGGACACAGACUCUGACUUUGAAGUCCUGAUGAAGUCAGCACAUGGCUUUUCUGGCUCAAGAGAUGAGCUCAACCAUAAGGAUCAUAGCCACGACAAAACAUCCAAACUGAAACAACGGUUCUUAAUGAAGAGGACUAAACCAGGGUUAGUGAGCAGCAACUCCUCGGCUCGGCUUCUUGAAGAAGUUGUUGUCGAUAAAGAUGACCAUGAUCACCUUAUCCAGAGCUCCAGAUAUUACUACUCGGUCAGAGUUCUUCCAGGCCAGGAGCCAUUCAAUGUGUGGGUCGGCUGGGUGACCUCUGAUUUUCAUCAAUAUGAUGACACGUUUGACACAGAAAGUGCCCACACUGUGACCAUCACCCUCGGAGAUGACAGUGGCAAAGUUCAGGAAAGUGCUAGACGAUGCAGCUGUUACAUGGUGUGUGCUGGUGAGGCCACAGGCCUGUCUCAGAGUCGAAGGAGUACGGGGCUGGAAAUUGGCUGUUUGAUUGACUCGGCUACCGGAAUGCUCACCUUUACUUCCAGUGGAGUGGAGAUGUCCACUUUUUAUCAAGUAGGGCAUGCUAUAAACUCAUUUGACCUGCACUGUAUCACUUACAACCAGGUGGAGGCAAGUACAAAGCUGUUUCCAGCUGUUUUUGUCAAACCCACCACCAGCAACAUGUUUCAGUUUGAACUGGGGCGGAUCAAGAAUGUGAUGCCACUGUCAUCAGGUUUGCUUCGCAGUCAAAGAAGAAAUCCCACUCCCCAGUGCCCCCCUAGGUUUCAAGUCCAGCAUCUGAGCCCUGUGUCAUGGACCAGAGUACCAGACAAGGCAUUAAAUGUGUUGGUAGACCGGCCAGAUGAACACCAUGGUUGGAUAAUCCAAUGUCAUGAGCCUCUCCAAGUCAUGACCCUUCAGAUCCCUGAUGAAUGCAGGUCUGUUGACAUUUUAGAACUGUCAGAACUCGAUGACCUCUUCACCUUUCACCACAAUACACUCCUCCUCUACUGCUCCUUAUGCGCGCUUGGGAAUACCAGAGUUUGCCAUGCCCUCUGUAGUCAUGUUGACCAGUCGCAGUUCCUUUAUGCAAUUCAGAAUCCUCACCUUGCCGGCCCACUCCGCUCUGCAUAUUAUCAGCUGCUCAUUCAGGUUUUCCUAAGCAGCCACACCACAGCAUGUCUUAUGAUGAAUCAUGAAUACAUCGUUCCAAUGGCUGACCAGACCACAGACCAGACCCUUUAUCUCAGUUCAGUUAAUGGCUCUCCUGCAGAGGGAAUUCCCAGCCCCAGUCGGUGCACGUCCCUGAAACCAAAGAUACAUUUUUCAUCCCCUUGUUUUGUCCGUUGGGAUGGGAUGGAAGGAGAGAGUGUUGCUGAAGUAGCUUGUGCACAUAGCCCAGAAUUCCCCUUGGACAUAUUGACGAGUCUGACUGUGGAGAUGCUCAGUGCUGGAGUUUCAGCUGUGGGGCAAGCUGUGAGGGAUCCUGCAGGAGGCAAUGUCGAACUUCUGCUUGCUCCUCUAUUAAGACUAUUACACAGCCUCUUGGUUAUGGAGGUGUUACAGGAUGAAGACCUUGAGAAGGUUCUUUGGCUGAUGGAACCAAGUGUGUUCUCAUUAAAAAGCACAACACUUCAGGAGGAGGCAGACAAUGAAGAAACUAAGGAUGAUGAACAAGAACAACAAGGGAAAGAAAAUAAAGAUGAAGUAAUCAGACAAGGACUUCUUCACAUGAAGCUUCCAGAAGCUGUCAAACUGGAGCUCUGCCAUCUGCUGUCCUACCUGUGUGACUGCCAGGUGCGCCACAGGGUAGAAGCCGUGGUUGCAUUCUCUGGCAACUUUGUGCAGCAGCUACAGGAAAACCAACGUUUUCGCUACAAUCAGGUCAUGCAGGCGCUCAACAUGUCCGCAGCACUCACUGCUCGCAAGACCAAGGAGUUCCGCCUGCCCCCUCAAGAGCAGAUCAAUAUGCUGCUGAGCUUCAGAGAGGAUGAGCCACAAGAGAACUGCCCCUGUCCGGUGGAAAUCCAGCAGCUCCUUCAAGACUUUCACAAUCUCCUCAAAGCAAACUGUGUCAUUGAAUUGGACAGUGAGUCAGAGGAUGAUGAUGAUGUCAAGAUGUCUUUAAAAGAUCGACUUCUCAACAUAGUAAGGAGAGUCAUUGGACUCAAAAAGACAUCAAUGAAGGCGGAGGAGUGUAGAUCCCUGAGUCGCAAAUCCCUCAAAUCGCAGAUUUUUGAGACGAUGGUGCGCUGGGCUCAAGAGAGUGAGAUGGAAGACCCUGAACUUGUUAAGGCUAUCUUUUCAUUGCUGCAUCGCCAGUAUCAAGGCAUUGGGGGCCAGAUGGAGGAACCCCUCUCAAAGGCAUAUACGAUCAGCCAGUCAUCAGUAGAGGAUACUAUGGCACUCUUGUCCUCUUUAGGCCUAAUCCGGUCACUUCUCAGUGUCCGAAUGGGUAAAGAGGAAGAGAGGCUGAUGAUUAGUAGACUUGGAGACAUUAUGAAUAACAAAGUUUUCUAUCAGCACCCAAACUUAAUGAGGGCAUUGGGAAUGCAUGAAACUGUGAUGGAGGUCAUGGUUAAUGUUCUUGGAGAAGGAGAGUCAAAGGUGAUCACCUUUCCAAAGAUGGUGGCCAGCUGUUGUCGAUUUCUGUGCUACUUUUGCCGGAUCAGCCGUCACAACCAGGGAGCGCUGUUCGACCACCUCAGCUACUUACUGGAAAACGCCAGUGUCGGGCUGGCUUCACCUUCCAUGCGUGGAUCCACUCCCUUAGAUGUAGCAGCAGCUUCUGUGAUGGAUAAUAAUGAACUGGCAUUGGCACUGAGGGAAGAUGACUUAGAGAAGGUGGUUCAGUACUUGGCUGGUUGUGGACUUCAGAGCUGCCCGAUGCUGGUAGCAAAAGGCUACACUGAUAUUGGAUGGAAUCCUGUGGAAGGAGAACGUUACCUGGAUUUUCUGCGUUUUGCAGUUUUCUGCAAUGGAGAGAGUGUAGAGGAGAACGCUUAUGUGGUGUUGAGACUGCUGAUUCGUCGGCCUGAGUGUUUUGGUCCUGCACUGAGAGGAGAUGGGGGAAAUGGGCUCCUGGCUGCCAUGGAGGAAGCCAUCAAGAUCUCUGAGGAUGCUUCGAUGGACGGACCUUUGCCCUCUCAUCAGUCCAACAGAACACUAAAUGGAGUCCAGGAUAAUGAUGAUGAUCUCAUUCACAUGGGUCACGCCAUCAUGACCUUCUACUCUGCCCUUAUUGACCUGCUGGGCCGCUGCGCUCCAGAGAUGCACUUAAUUCAAGGAGGCAAAGGUGAAGCCAUACGCAUCAGGGCCAUUUUGAGGUCACUCAUCCCUCUUCAGGAUCUUAAAGGAGUCAUCAGCAUCCCUUUUCAACUACCAUCAGUAUCUAAAGAUGGUUUGUUAGAGGAGCCUGACCUAUCCACGGUGUUCUGCCCUGACCACAAGGCAGCAAUGGUUUUGUUCCUGGACCGAGUUUAUGGCAUUGAGAACCAAAGUUUCCUUCUUCACCUUUUGGAUGUCGGCUUUCUGCCUGAUCUUCAGGCGGCUGUCUCUCUUGACACUGCUGAACUAGGAUCCACUGAUAUGGCCCUGGCCCUCAAUCGAUACUUGUGCACAGCUGUUCUUCCCCUUCUCACCAAAUAUUCAGCUCUCUUCGAUGGUUUGGCAGAUCAUAUUUUACUGGUUGAUUCUCUCAUCCAGGCAGUCUACCAACUCUCAAGGGCCAUUAGUUUGACUAAAGCUCAGAGAGACACAACUGAGGAUUGUUUGCUGGCGUUUUGCAGUAAACUGAAGACUUCUAUGAUGCAGCCUCUGCUUCGACGGCUCGUCUUUGAUGUUCUCCAUCUUGCAGACCACAGUCAACUGCCACUGAAGCUCUUGACCAGUCAUUUUGAGCAGAGAUGUAAGUACUACUCCCAAGCUGGCACACAGUGUGACCAGACUUUGGCUUCUGAAGAGGAGCUCCACUUGUGCAGAAAGUUGUUCUGGGGAGUGUUCAAAGCCUUAGCAAAGAAGCCCUACCUGCCUCAGAUGUUCCGGCUGUGUGUGGAGUGCCUUGUUGCAGUUUCCAAAGCUUUGCCUCCUGAUCAUGUGGAGUCAAGCCGUUUGUCUGAAGUGGAGAGACAAUCUUCCAUGGACACAGAUGGAAACUUUGACCCACAACCUGCAGAUAUCUCCAAUGUGUCUGUGCCAGAGAGGCUGGAGUUUGUUGUGAACAAGUAUGCAGAGCAUACUCACGAGAAGUGGUCUCUUGACAAGUUUGCCAAUGGCUGGGUUCAUGGGGAGCAGCUAUGUGAAAACACCAAAGUCCACCCUCUCCUCAAACCAUACAGAGCUCUAGCUGAGAAGGAGAAGGAGGCAUAUCGUUGGGCCAUUAAAGAGACAAUAAAGAGCAUGCUGGCUUUUGGUUGGACCAUAGAGAGGACCAAAGAAGGAGAUGCAUUUGGCAUGCAUACCUGUACUCGCAGGGUUUCUCAGUCUGGGCAGCUUUCUUUUGAAGGAGCAUCAACUUUUAGCCCCAAACCAGUGGACAUGAGUAGCAUCACCUUAUCUUGGGAUCAGUGUGCAAUGGCUGAACAAUUGGCAGAAAACUAUCACAAUGCCUGGGCGAAGAAUAAGAAAUAUGAAUAUGAGAGUAAAGGAGGGAGUGGUCAUUCAGUGGUUGUUCCCUAUGAUACCCUCACUGCCAAGGAGAAGGCCAAGUUCAGAGAAAGAGCCCAGGAUAUACUCAAGUUUCUUCUCCUCAAUGGCUAUACUGUGUGGCGGGAUCGAAAGACUGUGGAGAUGGACUUUCCAGCCAUAGCUAACUGCUUUGGAUACACUCUGCUGCAACGACUGCUCUCUCACUCUGAGGAGGCCCAAGAGAACAUGUUGAAACUUGAAGUUAUACAAGCUAGAGGACAGAUAUCCAAAGGAGAAAGAGCUCCAGACGAACAACCAGUCAUUUUCUUCCAAAAGGUCGCCCUUCCUCUUCUGGAACAAUAUGUAAAGAGUCAUUGCCAGUACUUCCUGUCUACCACAAUCUUUGCAAUUGACAAUAGAAGCCAUGCUUCCAAAAAGGAAAAGGAGCUAGUUGCGUGCCUCUUUUGUAAGCUUGCAUCUCUUGUAAGACACAGGAUUUCACUCAUUGGUAAUGACACCCCAGCGAUUACAAACUGUCUUGGUGUUCUGGCGCAGGCUCUGGAUGCCAGAGCACUGGUGAAGGAAGGCCCAGAGUCUAUCCAGACAUCUCUGCAUUCUUUUUUUGAGGCAGCUGCUGCUGAUUUAGAGAUGGCUGUGGAAAAACUUUCUGAAACCUUGGUCUCAGGUCCCCAGAAUAGAAGCCAGCUGAACCGAGGAGUAACCAAGGUUCUCAGUUACACAGCAUCCAUUCUUCUGCCCACCCUCACUUCCCUUUUCCAUCAUCUUGCAAACCAGAACUAUGGAGUUGAUCUCCUUGUUGACAGUAUCCAGGUGUCCUGUUACAGGAUCUUGAACAGCCUCUACUCUCUUGGAACCAGCAGCAACAUCUACAUGGAGGGGCAGAGGUCAGCAGCAGGUGGGUGUCUUGCAGCCCUGACUGGUGCUCUUCCUGUUUGCUUUCUGGAACCCAGCCUAAAUCCAAACAACCCAUAUUCCAUCUACAAUACGAUGAGUACUGCUGAGAUUAAAGACCAGGGACUGCCAGAUCACGUGGAGGAGAUGUGUCCCCUCCUGCCUUCACUGGAGCAGGCGUUGGGAGAGGUGGAGCAGUUGGCUUGUGCUGGAGCUGGAGCUCACCAGGCUCAAUACAUACACGUUGCAGAGGUCACCUUACCGAUGUUGUGCAGCUAUAUUUCCCAUUGGUGGCCUUGGGGCCCUGAAGGACAGCCAGACAGAGUUGUUUUCACCUCUGUCAUGCCUCAGCAUGCUAGUGAUCUGCUUGGCUUCAUCCUUCGUAUCAUCCACAACCACGUGGGUGCUAGCACGGGCAACUGGAUGAAACAGCUUGCAGUUUUUUCUCAGCCAAUUAUAUGCAAAGCACAAACAGAGCUGCUGAAAAGCCACUUCCUGCCACUAAUGGAGAAACUAAGGAAAAGGACAGAAUGUGUCCUGCUGGAGGAGGAGCAGAUGAAAGCCGAAGGAUGUUGUACAUCCGAAGCAGAGCUGCAGAUACAGGAGAAGUACACAGUGCUGGUUCGAGACCUCUACGCUUUUUAUCCACUCCUCAUUCAAUUUGUGGAUUCUAAUCGAGCCAGAUGGCUGAAAGAUCCUAUCCCUGAGGCUGAGCAGCUGUUCAUCAUGGUGGCAGAGGUCUUUAUAUUCUGGGCCAAAUCUCAUCAUUUCAAAUGGGAGGAACAGAAUUAUGUGGUCCAAAAUGAGAUCAACAAUUUGGCUGUCUUGGUCUCUAAAGACAAAGUGUUUAAGAUCAAUCAUGAGAGGAGGAGGGUGAAGAAGAAGGGAGAUCGUUAUUCUACACAUACCUCUCUUAUUAUAGCCUCUACAAAAAGGCUGGUCCCUGUGGGACUCAGAGUUUGUUUUCCAAGUGACCAAAGUCUUAUCAUGUUGGCUAAGGACGACUUUUCUCAGGCACUGAACAGAAACAGGGAGGAGAUGCUAGAUGCAGAAAACUCAAUACUGCUUGGAAAUAACACUGACACACACAGGACCGUUAACAGGAUUCUUAAAAUAGCUCAAGUUCUUUAUUACCUGGAUCAGGUUGAACACCCACAGAGAGGCAAAAAGCCUGCAUGGCACAAAGUCCUAUCCAAACAGAGAAAACGUGCAGUGGUGGCCUGCCUGAGGAUGACUCCCCUCUACAACUUACCCAGGCAUCGAGCUGUAAACCUGUUUCUCCAAGGCUACAAUAAAUCCUGGAUAUCAACUGAAGACCACAGCUUUGAGGAGAUACUUGUGGGGGAUUUAGCUAAGGGGGGAGUGAUGAAACCCUGGGAAGGUGACAAAGGGGUAGGGAAGGAUGUGGAAGAAGGUGCCCCACCGAUCGAUCCCCUCCUACAACUCAUUACACUCUUCAGUCGAAUUGCCCUGACGGAGAGCAGUGAGCAUGACAGUGAGAAUCUCUAUAGGUCUUAUUCUGCUAUCAUGGCCAAGAGUUGCUGUAGAAAAAGUGGUGACGAAGAGGAGCAGGAGAUGGAAAGCUUUGAAGAGAAGGAGAUGGAGAAACAGAAACUUCUGUACCAGCAGGCCAGGUUGCAUUGCCGUGGAGCCUCUGAAAUGGUCCUGCAAACUAUAAGCGCAAGCAAAGGCGUCAUGUGCUCCUCGAUCGCCCCUACUUUGAAACUUGGUAUAGCCAUUCUUAACGGGGGGAACACCACUGUACAACAGAAAAUGCUAGAUUAUCUUAAAGAGAAGAGAGACGUUGACUUUUUUCAGAGCACGGCUGGACUCAUGCGCGUUUUGGAUCUGAAUGCAUUUGAAAGGCAGAACAAAGCAGAGGGAUUAGGCAUGGCCAUGGAAGACAGCUCAGGAGAAAAGGUGAUGCCGGACAAAGAUUUAACUUGUGAUCUAUUUCGUUUCUUGCAACUUCUCUGUGAAGGACACAACUCAGAUUUCCAGAAUUAUUUGAGAACGCAAACUGGGAACAACACCACUGUUAACAUCAUUAUAUCCACUGUGGAUUAUUUACUGAGGGUCCAGGAGUCCAUCAGUGACUUCUAUUGGUACUACUCUGGGAAGGAUGUGAUUGAUGAACAAGGACAUAAAAGCUUCUCAAAAGCCAUUGAAGUAGCUAAACAGGUCUUCAACACACUCACUGAGUACAUUCAGGGUCCGUGUACUGGCAAUCAGCAGAGUCUAGCCCACAGUCGACUUUGGGAUGCUGUGGUGGGAUUCCUUCAUGUCUUUGCUCACCUACAGAUGAAGCUCUCUCCGGAUCCGAGACAAAUUGAGCUUCUGAAAGAGCUGAUGGAUCUACAGAAGGACAUGGUUGUCUUUCUUCUUUCAAUGUUAGAAGGAAAUGUCAUUAAUGGAACGAUAGGAAAACAGAUGGUGGAUAUGUUGGUGGAAUCAUCAGGAAAUGUAGAGAUGAUUCUGAAGUUCUUUGACAUGUUCCUCAAACUUAAAGACCUCACCUCCUCAGAGGCCUUCAGGGAGUAUGAUCACGACUGUAAGGGCAGCAUAUCCAGGAAGGACUUCCAGAAAGCCAUGGAAAACUGCAAGCGUUUCUCCCAAACUGAGAUUCUCUUCCUCCUGUCCUGCAUUGAGACCAACGAUGGUGACAUUGUGGAUUAUGAAGCCUUUGUAGAUCGCUUUCAUGAGCCAGCAAAAGACAUUGGUUUCAGCAUCACUGUGCUUCUCACCAAUUUGUCCGAACACAUGCCCAAAGAUUCGAGGCUGGAGACAUUCUUGGAGCUGGCAGACUGUGUCUUGACUUACUUUCAGCCUUCUCUUGGACGCAUUGAGAUUCUUGGCAGUGGAAAGCGCUUUGAACGUGUCUACUUUGAGAUCAGCGAAUAUAGUCGCACACAGUGGGAGAAACCACAGGUCAGAGAGUCGAAGAGGCAGUUUAUCUUUGAUGUGGUAAAUGAGGGUGGAGAGAAGGAGAAAAUGGAAAUGUUUGUGAACUUCUGUGAGGACACCAUCUUUGAGAUGCAGCUUGCUGCUCAGAUAUCGGGGUCUAAGAGUGGAGAUAGGUCUGCAGGAAAAGAACAGCUACAGAAUAAAGAAGAAGACAAAGACUUGGAAAACAAAGGGAUGUUUUUUAUGUGGCGCUUCUGGCUUUUGUUUACAUCUCUGUUUUCUGUAAAAAACCUUAAGUCGCUGAUGAAAAUCACAUUGAAGGACAUCAUUAUAUCGGUCGUCCUGUUCCUCAGAUGGAUCUGCAUGGCCCAGGUCCGAUGUUUUUCUUUCAUUAUUCACAGCAUCAUAUAUGUGCUGUACAUAGCUUUUGUCAAUGGGGGGCUCAUAGAAGGAGCCAAAAGGGUGAAGAUUUCAGACAUUCUUGGUGGUAUCCUUGAACCAACCCUUGAUGAGGUCAUGGAGGUGCCACGCGGCUUGCAUGGACUGAGGAAGUACUCUGGCACUUUUUCGUCUCAGACAGAGUUGUGGGAAAUUGGGCAGAUGUCAGCGAUGACCUCCCCCAGGGGUGACGAGGGGGAUGUACGCUCAGACAUAUUUGGUCUCAAGCUGAAAAAAGAGGGGGGUCAGUUCCGACUUGUAACACAAGACCUCACGUCUAGUCCGAGUGACCUACUCAGCAAAGCCUCCAGAACAACCACCACGGAUAGUUUGGAGAAGCACCAGAAUGUGCAGCUUAAGGACAAUUUGGACAGAAAGGAAUCGACUGAGGAUGAGAAAAUGUCUGAGUUGGAGUGUGCAGAAAGAUAUAAAUCUGAGAAGAAAACUGAGAAUGUGUCAACAGAGGCGAAAUGGACAGCCAAGAGAUCCUCCAAUAAGUCAAAAGAACCUCCGAGCCAGCAUUCAGCCCACUGGGAGAUGAUGAGCUCACAAAGCAAGAGCCUGCUGAACUACUUUGCCAGGAAUUUUUAUAACAUGCGCUUACUCGCCCUGUUUGUUGCCUUUGCAAUCAACUUCAUUCUUCUCUUCUAUAAGGUUGCAUCUUUGCCUGUAUCUAAAGUAGACAAAGGGGAUAACAGAUCUGUUUACUGGGAGGAGGUGGACUCUGCUCCUGAAGAGGAAAGCACAGCAAACGUUUAUUUUGUGCUGGGAGAGAGCAGUGGAUAUAUGGAGCCUUCUCUUAGGCUUUUUGCAGUUGCUCACACAAUAAUCUCCUUCUGCUGUAUUCUUGGUUAUUACUUCCUAAAGGUACCGUUGGUGAUCUUCAAACGUGAGAAAGAGGUAGCGCGAAAAUUGGAGUUUGAUGGUCUGUAUGUAACAGAACAGCCUCCAGAGGAAGACAUCAAAGGGCAGUGGGACCGACUGGUUAUAGACACACCGUAUGUUCAUGGCUUCAUAAUUAAGAUCAUAAUGAUAUCAAGAAAAAUUAUGUUCCCUACAUCGUUUCCAAGUAAUUACUGGGAUAAGUUUGUAAAGAGGAAGGUGAUGGAUAAGUAUGCUAACUUAUAUGGCUGCGAGAAGAUCAGUGAACUCUUAGGUCUGGAUCAUGCUGCUUUAGACUUCAGCUCUGAGAGAAAAGACAUAAGACUCAAAAAGGAGGCUGGCUGGAGUGUCCUAUAUAACUCCAUUGAUGUGAAGUAUCAGGUCUGGAAACUUGGAGUUGUAUUUACUGACAAUUCCUUCUUGUACUUGGCUUGGUACAUGACCAUGUCGGUUCUGGGUCACUACAACAACUUCUUCUUUGCUGUACACCUUUUGGAUAUUGCUAUGGGCUUUAAGACACUUCGCACCAUCCUCUCCUCUGUUACACACAAUGGGAAACAGUUGGCUCUGACCGUGGGGCUCCUGGCAGUUGUGGUGUAUCUUUACACAGUCGUAGCCUUCAAUUUCUUCAGGAAGUUUUACAAUAAGAGCAAUGACAAGGACGCCCAAGAUAUGAAGUGCAAUGACAUGCUUACUUGUUACAUGUUCCACAUGUACGUGGGAGUGCGUGCGGGCGGUGGCAUCGGUGACGAGAUUGAGGAUCCUGCAGGAGAUGACUUCGAGGUGGAGCGAAUUGUCUUUGACAUUACAUUUUUCUUCUUUGUCAUUGUUAUCCUCCUGGCCAUCAUCCAGGGCUUGAUAAUUGAUUCCUUUGGAGAACUUCGAGACCAGCAAGAACAAGUGAAAGAGGAUAUGGAAACCAAAUGCUUUAUAUGUGGGAUGGGAAGUGAGUACUUUGACACCACCCCUCAUGGCUUUGAAACUCACACUCUGCAGGAGCACAACUUGGCCAACUAUCUGUUUUUUCUCAUGUAUCUGAUCAACAAAGACGAAACCGAACACACAGGUCAGGAAUCCUAUGUAUGGAAAAUGUAUCAGGAGCGUUGCUGGGAAUUCUUUCCUGUGGGAGAUUGUUUUCGUAAGCAAUACGAGGAUCAUCUGGGAUGA